AUUUGAUCAGUGCAGCCGUUCACCUUCUCAUUUUCGACUGUUAUUUUUCUGCUUUUCGCUUCACGUAUAUGAAGGACGAGAUCAGCGACUAAAGUCCAUGACCUGAUUGUCCUUGAUUAGCACAGUCAUAUGUAAAACAGUUUCGUGUGCUUUUAUCGCAGCCUCGUUCUUCGGCCUACGGCCUCCGUACACUUUACUCCCUUUAACAGCCCUAUACUGGCACGAUGGCGCGAUUAAAUGCGCGGCUGAGCACCCCCUCGCAAUCGCUUUCCCGCGACCAGACACCAGAAAUGGCUUCCGAGCUAGAAAGCGCGUCGCCAUCACAGACUCCAGGCGCGUCCUUCUCUUCAGAUAAGGAGAACCAUUGGACGAAUAGGGCGGCGUCUGGCAGUAAGCGUACUCUUCUAGAUUCGAGGACCUCGAUACCUCAGACAAGUACCAAUAAGAAGCGACGACUAGGCGAACAAAGGCGGAAUGUCAACACUCAACAGUCUACAGCAGCUCCCACAAUGUUCAGGGAUGACGAGGACGACGACAAGCGGUAUUAUGAUCCUGAGCAGAAUCCGGAAGAGAGACGUAGAGUGCGUCAGGGAUUGCGCAACAAUGCGCGUGAGCUUUAUGAUCGAGCGGACGAGUUCCUGAACACGGAUGGGACUGAGAUUGUGAGCCUCAUAGAUCGUCAAAAUCUACUCAUGAAUAAUGUCAAGCAAACGGCAGACGCGACUAUGGACUCACGAUUUCUCCUCAACGCCUCUGAGAUUACUCUGAAGAAGUCUAGACGUCUUGCUUUCGGGAACAACGCGAUAGGUAUAGAUAUAGAUGAGUUUGUCUCGAAAUGCAUGACCUUCAUGCGAUACGGACGCGCACUUUGUAGUGACGAAGACGAGCCGGCAACGACACAAGCUAGACGACAUAGGAGAAAUGCAGCUGACGACGAAGAUGACGAUGCCGCAGAUGGGGACGCGCUUGACUGGCAUGUUCUUGGAGAACGAGCUUGUAUAUCCACCAACAGACGUCCUACAGUGCCGAAUUUCCUCCUCGGACCCUUAUCAAUCGAGAAACGCGUACGCGCUACCCAACGGCGCGCCACUCAGCGCAGAGAUCAAUCUACCGUUGUCUCUCGGCCUGAAGAACUAAAAGAAGCGGACCUUGAAAAGAAUGAAUCAUCUAAUCUGACAAGUCAAUGCCAACGCAUCCGAAUUCUUCUUCAGCAGAUCAGCGACGACGGAACUGCACGAGUUGAGGCGGAAGGAUCAGAAGACAUGGACGAAGAGGAAGCACGCGCACUGUUUAGCCGCAACAACCUCGCCAUGAACUGGGAAGUCCCGCUCCUCAAAUUCGCGAUUAAUCCCCAUUCUUUUGCUCAAACCAUUGAGAACCUGUUUUACAUUAGUUUUCUUGUUAAAGACGGGUUUGUGCGCGUUGGCGUGGACGAGGACACUGGUUUCCCAACAAUACGACCUGUGGAGAAGAAAACUGAAGAACAGAUCAGAAAUAAAGGAGCCAUGAGACACCAAGCGAUUUUGAGUCUGGACUACGAAAGCUGGCUGACAUUCAAGGCGGCUUUGAGAGUGGACACGCCAUUGAUUCCCAACAGGGAGGAAGAAAGUGUGCAAGUAAGGGGAAGAGGCUGGUAUGCCUAGCCGUGAAGGCAUUCAAAGAUAUGCAUAUCAUCACGAAAAUGCUUAGAACGUCUUCUAUCAGAAAUUAACUGUCUCACAGUCCUGUAGCUGGACUAGUGGCAGCGUUUGGAAUAUGGCCAUAGAGAGAUGUUGCUUUUUGCUGUACGCAUUUUGGUUGUGACAAAUUUAGAUACCCAGGAAGUCUUGACCUAUCAUAUAUUCUUUGUUUAUCGUCAAUUGAAAGUCAUUUUAGC